CUCUCUCUCUCCGGUUUCUCUUAUGACGACCUAUCCUCUUUCUUAGAUUUCUCCACCGAUCUCGAGCACAACAUUCACGAUUUGCAUUCGGAUUCUUUUUCUUGACUUUCCAGUCAAAUCUCCAAUGAUUUAUGCGACUCGGAAAGAAUUAAGGGAUAUUUGAUUUCCUCUUUCUCACCAGAUCUGAAGCACCCGAAUCCAAACUCAAAUUCGAAACCAGCGUUUAGGUGUUUCUCAAUCAGUUCAAUUUUUUUUUUGGGAGAUCAAUUAGCAAUGGUGGCGGUCAAAUUGGGAAUGCUCCAUUAUGUAAUUGACCACGUCUAUGGAGCGUUUAUGCACCGCACGCGUGCGAUAACGCCACCGUUCUUCUCGCGAGGAUGGGGUGGUCCGAAGCUGGAGCUGCUCGAGCGGAUGGCUAAACAGCUCUUCCCGAUGUAUGUCGAAGGUCAGAAUUGGCCACCACCUUUGGUCCGUCCUGUGUGGAGGACCGUCUGGGAGACAAGGACCGCUUGUCUCAGAGAAGGCGUUUUCCAGACUCCCUGCGACGACGAGCUCACCGCUGCUUUGCCUCCGGAGUCUCGCACCGCCAGGGUUGCUUGGCUUGUUCCCAAAAACGUUCCUCCCCAGAAGAUGUCCUGUGUGGUUCACCUUGCAGGCACAGGUGAUCAUACAUAUGACCGAAGACUGCGUCUGGGUGGACCGUUGGUGAAACAAAACAUUUCAACAAUGGUGCUCGAAAGCCCUUUCUAUGGCAAAAGGCGUCCGUUCCUACAACGUGGUGCAAGACUCCUUUGUGUCAGUGAUCUACUUUUACUGGGGAGGGCAACAAUCGAUGAGUCACGUAGUCUUAUUCACUGGUUAGACACCGAGGAAGGCUUCGGCAAGAUGGGUAUUUGCGGGCUUAGUAUGGGAGGAGUACAUGCUUCGAUGGUUGGAUCGCUUCAUCCAACACCAGUUGCAACACUCCCAUUCCUAUCCCCGCACUCUGCGGUUGUUGCAUUCUGCGAAGGAAUAUUAAAGUAUGGAACCGCUUGGGAGGCACUGAGGGAUGAACUUGCAGCACAAAAGAUCACAAUGACUCUUGAUGAAGUGAGAGAGCGGAUGAGAACGGUUCUCUCCCUCACAGAUGUCACUCGCUUCCCUAUCCCCAAAAACCCCGAUGCUGUUAUCUUUGUUGCUGCAACUGAUGAUGGGUACAUACCGAAACACUCGGUGUUGGAGCUUCAAAAGGCAUGGCCAGGCUCUGAAGUGAGAUGGGUUACAGGUGGACACGUGUCGUCCUUUCUGCUGCACAAUGAUGCGUUUCGCAGGGCAAUCGUGGACGGUCUCGAUAGGUUAGAGUGGAAAGAGCCAUGGUGACUUAACCGAACACAACUCCUUUGACAAACCAAAGGGAAGGUGUCUCUCUUUAUGUAAAUGUCUUAAUCUCCUCUUGUUGUAUCAUCUGUUCUUUCUUUCAAAAGUGGUGGGCGCUAAUAUUCAUUUGUUUGACCAUUGUAUUUGUCUCGACACACAACAAAAAUUGUAGAGGUUUUAACUCAUUACAUUCCGUUUUUAUAUCAGAAA